UAGACAGGCACAUUCUCUGUCCCUUCCAGCCGCCCCGUCUCGGUGCUCGCUGGCGGUAGGGCACGCGCGGCCUUCUCAUUGGCGCGGAGAACACCUGCUCCAGAGCCGGAGACGCAGACACGGGCCACGGGGCUGCCAGAGCGGAGCGCGGGGAAGCGCUCGCCGCUGCUCCGUCACUGGCCGGCCGGGCCGCGAGAGCCUCACUUCACAAUACCUAAGAACAUCAAGAGAGACAAAGGGUCAAGUACCUCACUCAGCCCUUCCUAAAAACAGUAAGACAAUCAUCAGGACAAGAGUGAAUAUAUGAAGGAGGAAGUAGGGGAAUGUGCUGAAGAUGAGGCGACUGAAUCGGAAGAAGACGCUGAAUUUGGUGAAAGAGUUGGAUGCCUUUCCAAAGGUUCCUGAGAGCUACGUAGAGACUUCAACAAGUGGUGGAACAGUUUCUUUAAUAGCAUUUACAGCUAUGGCUUUAUUAACCAUAAUGGAGUUUAUGGUGUAUCGAGACACCUGGAUGAAAUAUGAAUAUGAAGUAGACAAGGAUUUUACUAGUAAAUUAAGAAUGAAUAUAGAUAUUACUGUUGCCAUGAAGUGUCAAUAUGUGGGGGCUGAUGUUUUGGAUUUAGCAGAAACAAUGGUUACCUCUGCAGAUGGUUUAGUUUAUGAACCAGUAAUAUUUGAUCUGUCUCCCCUGCAAAGAGAGUGGCAGAGGAUGCUGCAGUUAAUUCAGAGUAGGCUGCAGGAAGAACACUCCCUUCAAGAUGUGAUAUUCAAAAGUGCUUUUAAAAGUGCUUCAACAGCAUUGCCACCAAGGGAGGAUAAUUCAUUACUGCCUCCAGAUGCAUGCAGAAUUCAUGGUCAUCUCUAUGUCAAUAAAGUGGCAGGAAACUUUCACAUAACUGUGGGCAAGGCAAUUCCUCAUCCCCGAGGCCAUGCACACUUGGCAGCCCUUGUGAGCCACGAUUCAUACAACUUCUCUCAUAGAAUAGAUCACUUGUCUUUUGGAGAGCUCAUUCCAGGAAUUAUUAAUCCUUUAGAUGGGACAGAAAAAAUUGCAUCAGAUCACAACCAGAUGUUCCAAUAUUUUAUCACAGUCGUGCCAACAAAACUCCAUACGUAUAAAAUUUCAGCAGAAACUCACCAGUUUUCCGUGACAGAAAGGGAAAGAGUGAUUAACCAUGCAGCUGGCAGCCAUGGGGUAUCAGGGAUAUUCAUGAAAUAUGACAUCAGUUCACUUAUGGUGACAGUAACAGAAGAACACAUGCCCUUUUGGCAGUUCUUAAUAAGACUCUGUGGUAUUAUCGGUGGAAUUUUCUCAACUACAGGCAUUUUACAUGGCAUUGGAAGAUUCAUAGUGGAAAUUAUCUGCUGUCGUUUCAAACUGGGCUCUCACAAACCUGUCCUACUUCCGGAUGGCCACGUAAACAACCACUUACCUCUAAUUACAGACAACAGGCUAAACUCGAUCUCCAGCAAGUAAGAAACCACCUCUCUGCUAUGGCUUAGAAAAAAAAUGAAUGUCUUGUGAUUAGGAGGGCCACAACACUGAUUUUCAAGAAGAGACACGUACUCUGCCUGCUGCUGGAACAUAAGCUUUGACAAAUAACGGGAGAGCAAGAGGAGGGAGAAAAGAUUGAAAAACAAAUGGCUAAGUACAGCAAAGCAGUUUUACUAAAUACUACAGAAGCAAGUAAACUGAGUCAGCCAGUGAGUCUGCUGGACUACCCAGGGUAUAAUAAAGACAAUCACCAAGGAACAGGUGAUGGCAGAGAAUCUGAAUAAAUUUCUCUGUAGUGUAGGUGAUGAGGAAAAGUUAAAAUUUACAGGUCAUGAAAGUUUUUGGUUUUUUGUUGUUGUUUAAGUAAAUGGAGCAUCCUGAGCUUUAUGCUGGAAUACGUUAGUGGAGUUGGUGGCAUUGAGAAACUAAAGAACUAAGUACUAUAGCUGAACUACUAACCAAAACAUGUCGUUAAGAAACACAGCUACUCCGCCAGAGAGUACACAGAGUAUAGGCUGAUUUAUACCACCCUGAUUUUUGUAAAGCUAAUGCCUCUUUAAGCUGUGAGAAUUGUGCGGAAGAGUAUUAAAUAAAGAGUGGGAAGGGAAUAACCUGUGCAUUGUUUGGUUGAUUGAAAAAGUCCCAAAUUUAGAGAAACUAGGUCAUCUGAGGACAGAAGUAAAGUUUUGUCAUAGAUUAAAACUGACUGAGAUGGGAAACAAAGGUCUUGGCUACCUUAAGCAAGGAAACCAUCACACAGUGAGACUGCAUUAAGUGGCAUGGUGCAUCGUGUGUCCUUGCAACCAUGUAGUGCACCCACACAGUAAUGCCGUUCAUGGUGGAACCAGGCUAGUGCAUUCACGUGAGUCUUGUAUUGCAACUGUGAUACCAGAGCAUUCCAUCAUGUAGUGCCUAGCACCUUUGCAAGGAGCAGGGGCUUUUGGGGUAACUUCCAGAUAUGAGGCACUGCGUUGUGGAAUAGUUAGAGGCAGUUGUACCAUUGUAGCUGCCAUGCUAGUUGCUACAUGUCUGUACUGGGGUGAAGUCAUUAUAGUCAGCACCAACUCAUCUAGAUCUGAACUGAAGAUCUUGUACCAAGUGUUGCAGCUAACUAACAUUGCAGCCGCACCUUGGACAGCCGUUCUGUGUGGCUGCAAGAAGGUACACAAGGGUUGCAAGCUAAGUCAGCUUAUUACAAUGGUUUCUUGUAAUGCUUCAUUGCUUUGUGUAGCUGGGCAAAAGAGUAGGGCUAAGUGUAAGAGUGUGGCUUCCCAGUGACCAGUAUGAAUGCUAGCGUUGUUCAGUAAGUAUUCUGGAAGGUUGGCUGGACAGGAAACUAGUGAAGUUGCAUCUUAAAUAUAACUUCUCUUGAGUUAGUCAAGUUUAGGGAAGAUAGUGACCAAAGAAAGAUAUAAAAUGUGUAUUUGGACAAUGUGAUGGUUGGUGACAGUUACUGUAAACAAAUGUAAGGAAACAUCCACAGGAGGGAAUAUUUAAACCAUUCAGAGAGUCAUUCAUUCUGAAUUUGUUACUUCUUUGUAAGUUCUUCAGCUCCAACUCCCUCAAGCCAGAAUCUUCCGCUGCUGCCGCUCUUGCAGACUAUUCUCCCUCCUGCUUCUGCUUGCACUGGUUCUGAUGACCAACGUUUUUGUUGGUCUCUGCUUAAUGCUCUCCAGAUUGUCCACAUUGUUCAUAGUGUAGUGCCCAAAUACUGGAAACAGUACUCCAGCUGAUGCUUCACCAGUGCCAAGUACAGCAGGACAAUUGCCUCUUGUAUCUUACAUAUGGUACUCCUGUUAAUACACCCAGAAUAUAAGCCUUUUUUGCAGUUGCAUCACAUUGUUGACUCAUACUCAAUUUGAGACCCACUAUAACCCCCAGAUCCUAUUCAGCUCCACAACUGCCUGCCGAGUUAUUUCUCACUUUGCAUUUGUACAUUUUGAUUUUUCCUUCCUAAGUGUAGAACUUUGCACUUGUCUUUAUUGAAAUUCAUUUUACUGAUUUCAGACCAAUUCUCCAGUUACUUGAAUGUUUUGGGAUUUCAAUAUCAUUGUGUCCAAAUUAAACCCAUCUCCCAGGUGCUAGAAACCUCCUACAAACACUGGACAUAUACUCCAAGCAUCUGAAAGCCCUCAGAUUGGUUGGUUUUCAGGUGCCCACCACCUAGAAGCUGCAUUGUGUUCUAAGAGGUCAGAAGACAGAACAGUUCAGAAUCUGUUAUAACAGCAUUCUAGAAAUUGAGUGUGUUAGAACAGCUACCUUAGAGAGCCCGUAGCACCGGAGCUGCACCAUUGUAAGCUCUUGGUGUAGCUGGAGCCUCAGUCCUGAACAGCAACAGCUCCAGCCAAAAACUGGACACAAGGUUGAGUUUCCAGAAAUAAAGGCACCCCAAAACUUCCUGAAAAUGCUGGUUAGGGCUAUUAAAUGUGGGAAGGCAAAGAGUAAGAUGCAAUAAUGCAGAUAUAUAUAGCUAUAAAUAUAAGUACAGUGAAGCCAGUUGGGAGACUCUUCAUAUCUUGUAUCAUAAUACAAGAACCAGAGGGCACUUAAAAGACAAGACAUUUUAAAUGGAUAAAAGCAAGAUGGUUAUGCAAGAUAUAGUUAAGUAGAACUCUUUUCGUGAGCUGGGUAAGGAACAAAUUUCUGUUUCUUUCCUCUCCAUGCCCUUGCACAGACUUGUGAUUAAUAUAUGUUUCUGACUGUUAAGUUGUCGGAUCCCCUUCUUCAUCCGCCAUAGGUGGCUGCCAGAGGCAGGAUGUGAGCCUAGACGGAAAAGUGAUCUGACCUGGUAUGGCAUCUGCCAUAUGCCUUAAAGAAAAUACAGAUGAUGUGUCCAUGAGAGAAACGUGAAGGUCAGAAUCAGGAUGACCAUACUCAUGAUCAAAGACAGGCGUGAGUCUCAACAUUCAGGGCCCAAGCAUCCACCAAAUAUUUUAGUGCUUGUUUCCUUUUAAGGCUGUUGGGCUGCUCGAGGUUUGCUUUUAGAUAUUUGUGCUGCUUUUUGACUUUUUCAUUAAUAUCAUUUUAUAACUUAUUUGCACUUGCAGCCUCCUUGCCUUGGAAAGCUUAAUCUGUCCCACCUCUUGGCUUCUAGUGCCAUACCACAUAAGCCAUACAAUGUACUAGCCAUCCUUUCCGAGCUGCUCCUGGCUGCGGCUUGUUUCACUUCCUUAUUGUUCAGCCUGGUGGCUGGUUGCCCUUGUUGCAGCUAAAUCGACGCUGAGUCUCGCUAUUGUUACUACUUUGCUUUCUUCCUUUGCCUUUGUAGCUUCAAAUCCAGAGUUGGACUCAGAGGAGGCAAAGUGAAGGGAAUAAUUUGAGUGCAUGGAUAAGGCAGAGAGAAAUUCUGCUUCAGACUUUUCUAGAGGAAAUGUUGUGGGGGGCAUUUACUGGGGUGGAAUUAAGAAAAUCACUGAUGUGAAAAUCAUCCAAGCAAAACUGCCUAAUUUGUGAGUUUAGAUGAGGGUACUUGGGCAGCCCCUUGUAAUGUUAUGUGUGUGUGUGUGUGUGUGUGUGUGUGUGUGUGUGUGUGUGUG